UGUGACCUGCUGUGAUUGGUCACAGCAGGUCACAUGGUACAAGGCUGUUGUGAAUAGCCUUGUACCAUGUGACCUCUGUGAUCAUUCACAGAUUUCACUAUAGUAAGCAAUGAUGUCAGAAGUGACAUCUUGCUUACUACUAUUCAUGUGAUCACUGAUUGGCCAAUCAGUGAUCACAUGAUCAGAACCUCACACAGAGGUCCCAUGCAGAGAUCGAUGUUCCGCUGUGUCGUCCAGACACAGUGGGCACCAGAUUGCAGUGCUGCGUGCUCUUGGGGAGCGCGCACAGGCAGGGAAGGGGGGGAGGAUGUUUGUAAACGGCCAGCCACGCCUGCAAUGCUCCCGUCCAGACCUUUAUAUACAUGGGCUGGACGGGAAAUAGUU